CUGGAACAGCAAUAUGAGCGCGCUCGACUCGGAAAUGGAAGCGUACGGGUAUGCGACGGACCUCAUCAUCGUGCUUGACAUCAAAGCCACAGACAAAUGGAACAUGAAGUCGGAAGAAAUGCGGCGGUUCGUCGACGGAUUGACUGCGCUUGCGGCUCUGGAAUGCGACGAACGCGGCACCCAAAUCCGCCGCAUGUUGCUUGCACAAGGCCCGACCGCCGUUCAAAACCUCGUGGACGCACUAAGUUGUCGGGAGAUGCUGUUGAAGUGCAAAGGUGCAAGUGCGUUGGGUUCCAUUUGCAUGUGUCCGUCGGCCGCGGCGACGUUGAUGGAGCGCCACAGUGCCUCGAUCGUCCACGGAUUGCUUCGAAUGAUCCAGACAAAGAAUCGAUGGGCCCAAGGCGAUGCAUGCUUUGUUCUUGGGUGGAUCGUACGAUGGAGUGCACCAGACAGCACCUCCAUAUUGCUCCAAAUCGCUGAACACGUGCCGAGAGUAUGCGACGCUCUGACGUCCACCUUCAUAGCCCCGAGCUCCACCGCUCCUUCCGCGGACAACAGUAACGACCAAGAUCGUGAAUCCAACUUGCGCAUCUACCCGUUGGUGCUUCUACUCAACCUAUCCCAACAAGUCCCUGACAUUGGAGCCUUCGCUCCAGCUAUUCUACGUGCGCUAGAAGUGGUCUUUCACGAAGUAGUCGCGGCCUCGUCCAUGGAUGAGCGUUCCAUCAUUGCCCAACUAGCCGUGUCUGUGCUCUACACGCUGACCCACCGGUCGUCGACGUUGUGUCAAAUGGUGCUCGAGCUUAAGUUAGUGCCCACAUUGGCCAAGAUGACCAAGCUUCCGUUGGACUCCCCCGACAUUGCACAGCAAAUACGAGUCGUCCUAGAUACUGUCGUUCGUGCGUCUCGAUGAUGAUAUUGACAAUCUAAUACAUGCAUGUUUCGUGUCUUCGUCCGUAGCAGUCGCACAGAUGCCGCGUGGCAUGAGACUGGGUGGACGAAGAAGCGAGCUUGCUGUGGGCUGCUGCGUGAAGAGUCUCAUACAUUCAUCUCGAUAUGAUCUCCAAACCGUGCAGAGCCGUCAACUGGAUUGAGA